CCAGACUUGGAGCGGAAAAAACGCGAAUUUUUUAUAAAGAAAAAAUAUUCCGUAGCGUAGAAAAAAUAACUCGUUGCACAAUUUAGGAAAUAUAAAUAUUGCAAACAGAUAAUAAGAAACCCAGCAUCAUAAUAGAAAAGUUGAGAGGCCUUAAAUCAAUUAACCAGACUCACAGUUAAAGUUAAACGUGCGGCAUAUUGAAAAUUGUGAGCUGCUGUUGCGUUGUUGUUGUUGUUGUUGUUGAGGCAGUUGCUCCUUAACAACGUUCACAACGAUUGAGACGACGCCGACGACGAAGGUGAUCCAUUAAGAAUAACAAUCAUGGAGGAUCCCAAUCGCAUGAUGGCCCACACUGGCGGCAUGAUGGCACCGCAGGGUUACGGUCUGCCCGGCCAAGAUGAUGGCCAAAAUGCUGGCAAUGAGAACGAGGUGCGCAAGCAAAAGGAUAUUGGCGAGAUAUUGCAACAGAUCAUGAGCAUAUCGGAGCAGUCGCUGGACGAGGCGCAGGCCAGAAAGCACACUCUAAACUGUCAUCGGAUGAAGCCAGCCCUGUUCUCGGUGCUGUGCGAGAUUAAGGAGAAGACCGUACUCUCAAUUCGCAACACGCAGGAGGAGGAGCCACCAGAUCCACAAUUGAUGCGUUUGGACAAUAUGCUAAUCGCUGAGGGUGUGGCCGGACCCGAAAAGGGAGGCGGUGGUGCAGCUGCUGCAUCGGCAGCGGCAGCCAGCCAAGGCGGUUCCCUGUCCAUCGAUGGGGCCGACAAUGCCAUCGAGCAUUCGGAUUACCGUGCCAAAUUGGCUCAGAUCCGUCAAAUCUAUCACCAGGAGUUGGAGAAAUACGAGCAGGCAUGCAAUGAGUUCACAACGCACGUUAUGAAUCUGCUCCGGGAGCAAAGCCGUACCAGACCCAUCACACCCAAAGAGAUCGAACGCAUGGUGCAGAUCAUACACAAGAAAUUCAGCUCCAUACAGAUGCAAUUGAAGCAGUCCACCUGUGAGGCGGUCAUGAUCCUACGCUCACGCUUCCUAGACGCACGUCGCAAGCGUCGCAACUUCAGCAAACAGGCAUCGGAAAUUCUGAACGAGUAUUUUUAUAGUCAUCUGAGUAAUCCGUAUCCAUCCGAGGAGGCCAAGGAGGAGCUGGCGCGUAAAUGCGGCAUAACGGUCUCGCAAGUGUCCAAUUGGUUUGGCAAUAAGCGCAUUCGCUACAAGAAGAACAUUGGCAAGGCACAGGAGGAGGCCAAUUUGUAUGCAGCCAAGAAGGCAGCUGGCGCAUCACCGUACUCGAUGGCCGGACCGCCCAGUGGCACAACCACGCCCAUGAUGUCACCCGCACCGCCACAGGAUUCAAUGGGUUAUCCCAUGGGCUCUGGUGGCUAUGAUCAGCAGCAGCCAUAUGAUAAUAGCAUGGGCGGCUACGAUCCUAAUCUGCAUCAGGAUCUUAGCCCUUGAGGAUAGGCUUGCCAAAACUAAAUACAACAACAAUAACAUACAACAACAAUACAAAAAAAAAAACAAAAAACUCCACCCAACUUACUCUCUCUGUCCCGUCUCUGUCUCCACCUUUCCACACUUUCUCUAACGAUCUCUUCCUUUUAUCCAUUUGAUUAUUUAGCACAUUUUGGUUGUUCUUCUCUUUUCUUUCUAAGCUCAUAUGAAGAUCUGCCAAUUUGGCAAUUUGAAACAAAAUCUUUAAAAUGUCCUUUAAAGGAAUGUAAAUUUAAUUUGAAAUACUUUACAUGUGCCGUGUCCUGUUUUAGUUUCUUCCUUUCAUUCACUCUCUCUCUCUCUCUCUUACUCUCUCUAUCUCUGUUUUUGGGGCAUGUGAAGAGAUUUACUUGUUUUUUUUUCUUCUUGCGGAGCAAGGGAGAGAGUAAGAGCGAGUGAGAGUCAGAAGUUAUUAACAAUUGAAAAGCAACUGCAAUUGCCUCCAAGUCCUGUGCGUGUGUGAGUCAACAAUCAACAAAGUAUACGAUUAAUUCAUAAUAUUAUUAACAAAAAACAAACAAAAGCGAAUCAUAUGGAAACA